AGUCAGCCGCUGCAGAGCUGAGUUCCUCAAAUGUUUUCCUGUGUUUGCCAGGACUAUCCACUACUCUGAGUCAUGUGUAAGUGGGAAGUUGAGUUAAGAAAGUCAGGACUGGCUGAGAGUGAACAAGAGAGGGAGUCUGGAGCCUGGAGUCUGGGCGCUCGCUUGCUCGUUGCUCCUGCCCGGGCUUGGGUUGUAGAGGCAGGCGGUGAGAGGAGCGCGGAGCCGGCCGAGCCAAGUCAGAGGCGCUGAGCGAGCGGAGCCGGCUAGGGAGCGGAGAGUGGUGAGGGCACGGCUGGAAAGUGGAGAGAGGCGCGGAGCCGGCUGGGGAGCACAGCGCUCCCCGGGAUGAGGACUGGGAGUGAACUUGAUAUGACGAAUGGACACUGGGAGAAGUGAGACCACCCAAAGGCAGCCCAGUGGCGGCCGCUCCCAUUGGAGAAUGGUGUAUUAGAAGAGGAGGAAGCAUGCUGUCUGUCACCCUGGUGCUCCUGGCCGUCCUGUUCUUGGCUCUUGGGGACCAGCUGGUCCCAGGAGGCUGUCCCAGACUGGAUAUCCCAGGUAAUAUGCUGAGCCAGGUGCUUGGUGCCCCCAUCACUCUGACCUGCCUGGAUGGGGAAUUGGAGACUAAUGCCACCAUUCACUGGACACUGGAGGGUGAGCCCAUAGGCCCACAGCUUGGCCAACGGGAAAUGGUGGGAGGAAAGCUAUUGCUGAAGUCAGUGCAGUAUAAUGACUCAGGAAACUACACCUGCUACCUGGACGGCCAGCCAGUGAGGACCCUGCCUCUGCUGGUAGUUGAGCCUCCUGAAGAGCCCGUGUGCUCGUGCCGUAGGAAGAGUUUCAUCAGCGGUGUUCAUUGCGAAUGGAGCCUUCAGAGGAAACCAUCCCCACAGACUAAGGCUGUCUUGUUAGUGAGACAGGUAGAGAGAGAAGAGACUUUCCAAAGGCCGUGUCACUACUUACGGGGGUCGCAGAAGUUCUCUUGCCACUUGAAUCUUGCGGAAGACGAUGACUCACUCUACUUGGUUGUCUUAUGUGUUGCCAACGGGGUGGUGAGGAAGUCCAGCAAAGCCUGCCGAUUCAAGGGCUUUGAAGUCCUUCAACCAGAUCCUCCAACCAAUAUCACAGUCGCAGCCGUGGACAAAAGCCCCCAUCGGCUCAACGUCACCUGGAAAGACCCACCUUCCUGGAACUCCAUUUACUACCGACUCCAGUUUGAGCUCCGUUAUAGGGUUGAAAAGUCCAAGACUUACACAACCAUCCGGGGGAAGGACCAACACUCAUUCAUUAUCAGCGAUGCCUUGAUGGGCAUGAGUCAUGUGGUGCAGAUUCGAGCCCGGGAGGAGUUUAAUCAUGGCAAAUGGAGUGAAUGGAGCAAGGAGAUUGUGGGCACCCCAUGGACAGAAACCAAGAGCCCUGCCGUUGGGACAGGAUUAUUCAUUUCUACACAGGUGCCUACUACCUUAGACAACUACAAUGAGAGCCUUUUUGAAGAAAACCCUGAAGGCAGCACUAACACCUCGCCAGCGCCUGGUUCUACUCAUUCACCCUACACAUUCCUACUAGCUGGUGGAAGCCUGGUCUUGGGAAUGGUUCUAUUCAUUGGCAUUAUCAUGAGGUACAGAAAAAAGUCAAAGCUGACAGUUUUGAAAGAAGGCAAGCCAAACGUGCUCCCUCCAUCUUCUUUGGGUCAGCUGGCCCCUGAGAAGCUCCAGUCAAACAUGGUUCUGGCUCCCCUCGUCCCUCCAUCAGUGUCCGCGAGUAGCUCUGAGCCUACCAACACCCCAGGGCACAGCGGGAGAGACAUUGCGGACCUCCAGAGUCCUUAUGACAUUACCAACAGAGACUACUUUUUCCCAAGAUAGACCCAAAAAUGCAUGGAGCAUUCAGGCUUCAGGUAGGCUAAACUCCGUGGCAUGAAGAAGGACUGAGUGAACUAUCAAGAAAGAUGCUUCUCAAUGUCAUUUCAGUCUACCUGCUGAUGAGCUGGUGCUUUGGGCUUCUCCUGACUUAUUGAUCCACUGGAGAAGCUGGAUUGGGCUCCCUCAGAGAACCAGAAUGCUUUUUAGGUCCAAGGAGAGCUUCCUGCAGAUGGAGAAAGUAGGCUGGGAGCAAAUAGACUGAUUCCCACCAAGCAGGAGGAAGAGGUGGUUGGGUUUCAAAACCACCAUGUCUUGUGAUGCUCUGAGCAACUGGGUUGGUAAGCCACCCCAGAGAAAGAGAGAGACACACAAACACAUAUGAAGGGCCAGGAGCCCAACAGGCUCUGCUCCCCUGACAGGACAUAGAGGAGGGUGAGAUUUAGGGGCUAUCUUGCUCCUAAGAACGACAGGAUUGAAUGGAGAGUAGUUGCUGGUGGUCUGGACUCAACCAUCAACAUUCUCUCAUCCUCUGGGCAUAUCCCUCUCCUCAUUUGGACACGAUAAUUGCUAGUACAUCUGCCACCCUGUCACGUCCUACGGGCGUAUUUCCUUGCCCAAUACACAUGUUUCACCAUCCUACCAAGAUUCUUGGAUAUCUAGAAGAGUUGUUGAAGAAAUUCAGCAAUUCUAGACCUAUCACCCUCUUUCAGUUUCUUCCUUGCUGGGAUAUUUUUUUCUUCUCAAGAUGCUGCCUUCUUUUCCCAUCCCAGAAUACUGUUGAGAAUGAAUACAUGGUGCUACCUCUUAGGACCAAAUUUUAAAAUAACACCCUUUCCCACCUGAACACACACACACACACACACACACACACACACACACGCAC